CAGCGAGCUUCAAACCACAUAUCAAAUGCACCAUUCGACCAGAAUGAAUAUAUGGAAUAUGUUGAUGAUAAUGAAAAUGAAAGAGGACCACUACCUCCACCAAUGGAUUCAAUACCUCACAGACAUAUCCCUGCAGGAAAUUUGAAUCCCUUUUCAAAAGAAAUCUUGUCAAAUUCACAAGAAGGAUUAGACCCAAAUAUCGUCUGGGACUCAAAAUGGGCAUCAAACUUGCACUUAGGACAAGUUUCUGCCGUAUCAAUAGAUCCUGAAGGCAAUGUUGCUAUCUUCCAUAGAGGAUCUCGAGUCUGGGAUGGCGGAUCUUUCGAUCGAGACAAUAAAUUUAAUGUCGUCAACAAUAAUGGUCCCAUAAAGCAAAACACAAUAAUUUUACUGGAUAAAGCAGGAAAUGCGAUUCUUCAUUGGGGGAAAAACAUGUUUUACAUGCCUCAUGGUCUGACAAUCGAUCAUUUAGGAAACUACUGGAUCACGGAUGUAGCUAUGCAUCAGGUUUUUAAAUUUGAAGCUGCGGACAUAGAGAGAAACAAAGAAGCCUUGAUGAGCGAUUCGAGUUUUGACAUCAAUGUUGGUGGAUUCAACACCAAUGAGGAUUUGUUUAAAAAUAGUAUUCUUAAGCCCAGAUUGAUUUUGGGGAAAGCUUUCGUACCUGGGAAUGACGAAGAUACAUUUUGCAAACCUACUGCUGUGGCUGUAAUGAAAAAUGGAGAUUUCUUUGUUAGCGAUGGAUACUGUAAUUCAAGGAUUAUCAAGUUCAAUGCGAAAGGAGAGUGGAUUCUGACUUGGGGUCGCAGUCCGAAUUUGCAAGAUUCAGCAAUUUUAAAUCCUCCCCCAAAUUCAUUUGCCAUACCACAUGCUCUGGCAUUGGCAGAAGAUUUGGGUUACAUUUUCGUCGCAGACAGAGAACACGGGAGGGUUUUGUGUUUCUUCGCGGGAAACGGAACCUUCCACAAAGAGUACAAGGACCAAGCGAUUGGAAAAGCAAUCUAUGGCGUUGCUUAUGCGAAGGAGAAAUUAUUUUUAGUCAAUGGUCCCGACGGUUUCAAUUCCCCGAUGCGAGGAUUCAUAUUGGACAUCAAUACUGAUCAGAUUUUAUCACAAUUUGCCCCUAAAGGCGGCAUGGCUCGACCUCAUGAUAUUGCUGUGACAGCCGAUGGUCGCGAAAUAUUUGUCGUUGAGCUGGAUUCAAACAGAGUUUCCCGAUUUAUUCAAGGUAGAAAUAAUCCAUCAAAGCCACCUGUAUCUGAUUUAAAACUAUCAGGAAAUUCAGCUCCUGAUUAUAAAACUGCACCUUUACCAAUUGAUAUAAAUAAACCAUCUGAUAAGUCAUCUUCGAGUUUCUUAGGAUUUUCUCUCGUCAUUUUUAUAGUCGUUUUAAUCGUGAUCUGUUUAAUAUUAGCAGCAGUUGUGACAAGAUGUCGAAAAAGAGGAUGUUUAUUAACGUCUCGCAGAAGAAUGGAGUGGGAUUCAGAAAAGAAACAAAAUCUUAAACUAUCUAGCUUACUGGAAAAUAAGACAGGAAGAAAAUUUAAAUUUUUUGACAAGAGGCCAAAUAAAAGAGAUUUUAGCAAAUUGAACACGGAACCGGAAACUUCAGAAGAUGAACAACAUCCAGAGAAUAGUUUAACUAAAAUUAUUUAAUGGCGAUAAAUUUAAAUUAGUGCAUGUAUAAAAAUGGAAAGUAUUACGCAUCAAUUCAGUAUUAAUAAUUAGAAAUGAGCUUGACACACGAGUGCAAUAAAAUAGUGAAGAAAAGCAGAAAAAAAAGAGAAAUGAAAAUAUGUAUGGUGUAAUGGAUGUCUAAGUGAAAAAGGAAUUGUUACAGUUUAUAUAAUAUAAUUAAUAUCUCCUAGUAGAUUGUCAAAAAUAAGUAAUUUCCUACUUUAUUUUUUAUGUUAAGUUCUGUUUUUCCAAAAUGGAAAAAUUUUCACUUUGCCUCACAUCAGAAUUAAUAGAAUUUCUUUUCUUAUUAUUAUAUUAGUAGUAUACCUUUAUUUCUAAGGAUAAUCCAAAUUCCUACUUUGCCGACUGAGGGUAAUAAACAUUAUCUACUGUUGGUAAAUCCCCAGUCACUGGUUUACUAUCCAGCUCGAAACAGAACCCGCCAAGGUAUACUACUAAAAUAGAGUUAAGUAUUUUUUAUGUAAAAUUUAACUUAUAUGAUUCGCCCGAAUUAUCUGAAACGUACAAAUAUAGCUUUAAGGUAAAAUUAUUUAUUUCUGACUGAUUUAUGGUUUAACUUAGAUUUUAAAACAGAAAUCUUUAUUUUUUUAAGUUUCUGGAAGCUGAGAAUAUUUUUGAAAUUUUAAAUAUUGAUGGAGAAAUAAAUAAUUUGUUAGAUUAAGAGAAUAUUUUAUUUAUGAACACUGUGCCGUUCUGAUUUACUGGAUUUUCCGCUCUUAUUAGAUAAUAUUAUUCGAAUAAAAAACAUGAUGAAAAGAUGUUGUCCAGUGAGGAUAAAAUACGUUUUUUAAUAUUACAAAUUUUAUUUAAAAAGGAAAAAAUCUUCUUCUUUCGAUAUCUCCAGUAGCUUAGUGGAGAGAUAAAACGACCGGCAAUCGAAAGACCUGUGGUUCGAUUCCCAGUGGAGCGAAAAAGAUUUUUUUCAGAGAAAACUUAAUUUAAGAAAAUUUUGCUUAUUGUUUCGAGCAGAAUUUUAUGUUUAAGUGUUUAAUCAAAAUAAUAAAUCUGAACAGUAAUUUAGUGUUGCCAUAUCCCUAUUGAGAGUUGAGUGAAUGAAUGUACUGACUUGGAAGAUUUUAGUGUAAUUAAAUGUAUUUCAAAAUAACAAAAUAUAUAAAACCUGUAUAUUUUGAAUAAAAUUGUUUGUAUUACUGUGA